CCAGCGGUCCGUGUAUAAACGAUUGAUGCACUCGGUUGCCCCCUGGCGACCAAAAAAAGACAAAUCACAGUUUCACUUUUGCUCGGAAUGACUCUGGAGAUUGAAGUCUCUUUAAAAAGGAAGCAAAUAAAUAAUCGCUAAGCCCGUGUAAGAUGGCGCAAGAGAGCAGGAUAGUGAGGGUGAGCGGUCUGCCCACAGACAUUGAUGAAGAGCGGCUGAUAGAUAAACUGUCUGUCCACUUCCUGCGGUCCAGCAACGGAGGAGGGGAAAUAGACUCUGUCACCAUUAAUAAGAAGAAGCCAGACUGUGCUCUGGUUCAAUUUGAAGACAGCGGAGUGGCACAGAGAGUCAUUCAACAUGGCCGACACACUCUGAAAGUGGACAGGAAGGAGUACAAGCUCUCUGUCAGCGAGCAUCAUCCCAGCCUGGAUCCUGACAAGGUCAUCUUAACGUUAACAGCGACUGUGGACUACAGUCAGAUUCCCGAGGGAAGAAGCGCAUUGGCGCGUCUUCAGCAGGACCACCCCGACGUGGAGAUGAUCGGCGACUCUUCCAAGAGUUUGGUCAGACUGCACGGUGCCUACUCCAAAGUGCAGUCAGCCUUGGCGCAGCUGCUGGCCCACCCUCAGGGCCCAGGUCGCACCUCCGCCACGCCGAUCAAGAACCCUAAUGAGGGACGAGACGAAAGAGAUGUUCAUCCUCCAUCCUCGUGGGAGGACCUCCCUCUGAUGGUGGAUGCAGACGUCUUCCAGUAUCUCCAGGAACGCUGCGGCCGGGAAUACCAGCACAUCCAGAGCCAGCACGGCGUUGAGGUGGUGGAUGUGACCAGCGAGGGGCUCACCACUUUGUUUCUGAGAGUAGCCGCGGAGGACGGCGAGGAGAAGCAGGAGCGCAUCAAGAAUGCCAGGAAGGCCAUCAGCUCUCUUUACCAGGAGAGCGAGAGGAACAUCUGCCAAGCUCAGCUACGUAAGACUGACGUGAACCCCGCGGGAGGCUUGAAGCUAGCGAUUGAGAGCUUAGGUGUCCGAUUUCCCAGGCUUCUCCUCAGUGACGAUGACUGCAACAUCUACAUGGUGGGCGACCAUAGUGACGUGUCCGAGGCCAAGCAGUUCCUUCUUCAGGAGCAGAGUCAAGCACACGAGGAAGAUGUCGCCAGUCUUAUGGGAUUCCCAUCGUAUCCCUCGCCAGCCACUGAGGUGCACCUUCCAUCUCCUGCCAUCGCAGGACCUCUGGAUGAGAGGACGGCUCCUCAGGAGAGAAGAUCCAAAGGCAGCAAAGCGUAUCAUUUAGCAGCUCGCCUUAAAGACCCUGCACUGACUCCACUGGGAAACCCCCAUUUGCCGGGGUCCUGGUCUCCCAGCAGGCAGCCUGGCCUUCCAGAAGGUCAUGGGUCAGAAGCAGCAUCGGGGGACUCGAGCGGACACCCACCAAUGAGGAGUAAAACCGACUCAGUGGUUAGAAAACCAUCGCUGAGCGCAACACCACUUCCACCACCCAGGCCUGGAUCUGCACUGAGGAGAGCUCAAAGUUUUUCUGGAGCACUCCAGCAGGGAGGUCCGAAGACUGACGAGGAUCCCUCAGUGUGUCGACCCAGGACUUUGAGGCUGAGCCCCCAGAAAGACCACCAAGGGCUCUACCACACAGAGAUGCUGGUGUCGACGGUCAUGUGGCUCCACAUGAGGGAGGCCUACAGCACCCAAGUGGAGGCGCUGACGCCGGACCUCCACAUAAACGAGGAACCCUCGGACGGCAGCGUCCAGUCCACCAUCUCCAUCCGUGGGGCCGAGCCCUCCGCUGUGGCCUCGUGUAAGCUCCACUUGCAGGAACUGGUGGACGCCGUGGCCACGGAUUUCUCCGUGCACGAGAUCCGCCUGUCCGAGCUCGGCGUCGCCGACCCCGGAGACGAGACGCUGCAGGCCUGCUGCGCGGAGGUGCGCCAACGCUUCAGGAAGGUUAGCGUGCGCGUCAUGAAGAAGAGCUUGUACCUACUCGGGUCGAGGCGGUUAUGCGCUCAGGUGGGGGUCUCGCUCAGGGAGGUCUUUUCUGGAGACGUGGAGGACAAAGCCGGUGGGAGUGGGUCUAGCUCCGCCUCUCGUCCCUUUAGCGCCACCUGUAGGCAAAUAAAUGAGGGUCAUGGGAGGCUGAUCAAUUCCGGGAUUUUAACAAAGGAGGUCCGUCCUCAGAAUGAACCCCGAAACGGAUCUGGUGGUCAAACAGUAACCAGGACAGACCCGGAUCAGGGUGGACCACAGUCAGCUACAAAAGGACACGGCACUGAUGCCCGAAGUGAAAUUCAUGGACCCUUGGAAGGCAUCUGCGUGUGCGGGGAGAGCGGGGCCUCGACGACCCGCACGGAGUGCGGAGCCGUUAUGUGCCCCGAGUGCCUGGAUGCCGUGCACGUCCACUGUAGGGUUUGCCGCCGCAGCGCGGCGAAGACGACGGCGCCAGCCGCCAUCCGAGGGAAGAUGAGCCACUGUAAACUCAACUUCAGCCUGCCGGGUCACAACAAGCACGCCACCAUCAAGAUCACCUACCGCAUUCCUGCCGGCUUACAGGAGAAAGAGCACCCGUCCCCGGGAAAACCCUUCCAAGGGGACGUCUUCGAGGCCUUCCUCCCCGACUGCGAGAAGAGCAGGAAGCUGCUACCCAGGCUGGAGGACGCCUUCAGGCGGGGCCUCACCUUCACCGUGACCGGCGAGGAGAAAGGGUCCAAGGUCACCUGGGACGCCAUCCCGCACAAAACCAGCCUGCAGGGGGGCCGCUCGGGGAACGGCUACCCGGACUCUUCCUACUUGAAACGCCUGUCCGAUGUCUUGACCUCACUGGGGAUUGAAGAGGAAGCUGACAAGGCCUGAGACGCUUGUAUUUCCUUGUAUACAGUUGCGUCUUCUUUACUCAACUGCAGAGAGUAUCAGGCUUUUAUUAGUAGUAAUGCACGUUCAUACUAAUGUUGCAUAAUACUUAUUUCUUUCACAGUUAAUAAUUUUUGCAAUUUCUUUACUUAUUACGGGUUAAUGUUACGAUUUAUUUUAUGUUCCGUGUUCAUGUUCGGGUGAAGGUUAAAUUUACACAUGCACUUUUUCUUCAAUUCCACUGUAAACGUCAGCUUUACAGAUGCCACGUGUGCUCCGACGACGUCUACAUCUAACGGUAAUUACAUCCACCAAGUGGGACCAAAGAUGGUGACGUUGCGUCACGAUGUUUAUUCAUAUUCACCCCCUUGUUGCCUUAUGACCGUUAAAUAUAAGCACAUGUAAUACAUUAAAAAAUACUUUAAUGCU